UUUUCAAGAAUGGUAUCAACUUAUUCAGCGAACGUAAGGAGACCUCCGGGAAUAAGCAGAUCCUCAAUGGGGCCCCUGGUUCUUCUUCAGCUCUUCAUUCUCCUCCACUCAGGUGAUGCUAUCACAAGGACGUUCUAUAUUGCGGCUGUGGAACGAUUCUGGAAUUAUAAGGAAGGGACUACGUCUUCUCUGGGGCAAAGGGAAAUCGUGAAGGCGACUGGCGCUCCAAUAUACAAAAAAGCCAUCUACAUGGAAUAUAGUGAUGCCUCUUUCACAAAUCCAAAGCCAAGGGAGCCAUGGACAGGUCUACUGGGCCCUGUAAUUCGAUUAGAAACAUUUGAUUCUGCUGUUAUUCAUUUUAAAAACUUAGCAAGCAUCCCAUACAGUCUGCAUGGCAUCAGUGUUUCAUACACGAAAAGAUCAGAAGGUGCCGGAUAUGAAGAUGGAACCAACAAACUAGAAAAGGUGGAUGACGCUAUUCCACCAGGACAGGAAUACAUAUAUACCUGGGAUAUCCCAGAAGGCUAUGGGCCUGUGGAGUCUGACCCACCUUGCAUCACUUCUGCCUAUCACUCUCACAGCAAUACGUCUUAUGACAUCAAUUCUGGACUUGUGGGCGUCCUUCUCAUCUGUAAACCAGGAUCUCUUUCAGAAGACGGGUCUCAGUAUGGAGUCCAGGAAAAAAUAAUUGUCCUGGCAGUAUUUGAUGAACGUUUAAGCCACUAUAACAAUGGAUUAGAAGAUACGCCUCUGCAUACAAUCAAUGGAUUUAUUAAUGGUUCAAUUCCAGAGCAAACCAUGUGUGUGAAGAAGCCGGCUUAUUUUAACGUCAUUGGAUUUGGGACACACGGCGAAGUUCACCGUUUUUCUCUGGAAGGGCACAGCUUUGUCAUAGGAGAGCACCGCGUCCCCAUACUCCCCGUGACGGCGUUCAGCUUUUUUACGGCGAUGGUGAACCCAGGAGAGAAGGAAGUAUACAGACUUUCCUGCCAAACCAGGACGCACCCAGAAGGCAGGAUGACAUCCUUGGUCAAGGUAGAAGAUUGUAUAAGGGAACCGGAAACCAGAUCACACAUCCCUGGUGAUGAUGAUGAUGACUAUGAGGAGGAGGAUGACUAUUAUGAAUCUAUGGUGUUGGAUAUAGAGGACGAUCCCACACACGUCGACCCGCGAUCUCAUAGUAAACGCAAUCCUGUGACAUGGGUACACUACAUCGCAGCAAUAGAGGUGGACUGGGACUAUCAACCAACAAGAAAUGACAAAAGGAAUCGUUUUACUAAAGUGCUGUAUAGAGAAUUUACCAACUCUGAAUUCACUCACCAAAAACCUUCAGAAAUUCCUGGAACGGGAAUUCUUGGCCCUGUUCUCAGAGGGGAAGUUGGAGACCAAAUUAAGAUUGUAUUCAAGAAUCUGGCUCAUCGUCCAUUUAACUUAUAUCCUCAAGGGCUGAGCAGUGUGAGUUCCAAUCACCCUUCUAUGGCAGGUGAGCAGUUAAGGGAUUACCCCGUCUAUCCCAAUGAUUCCAUCACAUACAUCUGGCAGGUGACCCCAUAUGACAGUCCGGCUUCAUCAGACCCGCGGUGUCUUACUCGUUUCUACUCAAGCUUCCUCAAUUUACAGAAAGAUUUAGCGUCCGGCCUCAUUGGGCCUCUGCUUAUUUGCUCAAAACAGACUUUGGAUCGAGCAGGAAAUCAGAUAAUUACAGAUAAGGAAAAUAUCCUCUUCUUCUGCAUCUUCAAUGAAACGCUCAGCUGGUACCAUGAAGAAGAUAGGCAACAGUCUGCUGUAACCUCAUCAGAAGACAAGGGCGCCAUUGGGAAACCUCCGGGAUCCAGCCUGAUAUAUACCAUAAAUGGGAUCUUGGAUUCUCUGCAGCUCAGUAUUUGCCAGAGUGAGGUCAGCGUGUGGCACGUGUUAAAUUUGGGUCUGGGCACAGAACUGAUCUCCAUUUAUUUUGGAGGCAACACCUUCAUGGUGGACUCAAGCUAUCAAGAAACACUGACUCUGAUCCCGAUGAAUGGAAAGACGGUCAUUAUGGUCAUGGAAAAAACAGGACAAUGGCACGUGGCACCAGACUCCCCUCUGGCAGAUUUAGGUAUGCGGGCAACAUUAAAAGUCAUUCGCUGUGAGCAUCAUGAAGAUGACUACUAUGAAUACAAUCAUGAAGAGUCAAAAGAUUUCACCCCCGAUCCCACUUUUUAUCAGUUUCCACUUAUUGCCCCUUUCAAAACCCCACCUUCCGGACCUCAGAGCUACUUACAGAAAUCACCGACCCCAGAAUAUUUGGAUGAUGGAAUCCUAAACGACGAAGAUUCUACAAAAGCUUUGCAACCCGUUGGAUCUACUGAAACUCAAAGUGGCAAGGUGAAAGGGGAACCAGCUAAAGAGUUAAAUAGACAGCGCAGAGAUACCACGGGGCAAAUCGGCCCAGCAAAAAAACUGUUAGAAAAUGGAUCUCAUGCUAAUAACUCGGCGGAUGGCAACGUGGACUUUUAUGAUGAUUACAGCGGUGAUUUUGAGUAUAUUGACUUGUAUGGAGAACUAGAUCCUAGGAGCCACGUAGGGCAAAUCCACACUUAUUUCAUUGCAGCUGAGGAGAUAGAGUGGGAUUAUGGGGGUGGACAGUCCCCUUAUUUUAUAAAAGACAGUCACCAUAUGUUGCAUGGGUUCCCAUCCUAUAAGAAAGUUGUUUUUCGGGAGUAUCUAGAUAGCAGCUUUCGUGAACCCGCCUUCCGUGGAGAAAGAGACGCCCAUUUGGGACUUUUAGGGCCAUGUAUCCGGGCAGAGGUUAAUGAUGAAAUCAUAAUACAGUUUAAGAACAUGGCUUCCCGACCCUACUCCUUCUACUCCAAUGUUUUAGCUGUACAAUGGAAGGAGGAGGACAGUGUACCCCCACAACACAGCCGUACAUACACAGGAAAAGUCAGCUCACAGUUUGGGCCCACUGGAUCUGAAGAGUGCCGGACCUGGUUCUACACCUCUAAUGGCCACUUGUACAAAGACUUUCAUUCCGGGCUCAUCGGACCUUUGCUCGUCUGCCGACCAAAUGUCUUGAAGCGCUCCACUGUGCAGCAGAUCCCGAUGGAAGAUUUCUCUCUUGUGUUUAUGGAGAUUGACGAAAUGAAAAGCUGGUACUUCAGAGAGAAUUGGCAGCGACGUUGUCCCUCCACCUGUGGUUUUCAGGCCAAUGUAUUACGUUCCUGCCCUCGUGCUUGCAAGUCACCAUCAGCUGCGCCUGCUGAGGAUAUUCAGCAUGACCACAUCUUUCAUGCAAUCAAUGGCUAUGUGGAUGACUCUCUUCCUGGACUUGUCUUGCCUUUGGAUAGAAAGACACGGUGGCAUCUACUGAACGUUGGAAGAAGAGACAUCCUUCCUGUGCAGUUUCAUGGGAACAUCCUCAAGCAAGGAAGCCAGAAGGACCACCCGUGUAGUAUAGUGAACCUAUACCCUGGUGUUGGGGUGACUUUGGAAAUGACAGCUCAAGCAACUGGCCUGUGGCUUAUAGAACCAGAAGGAGAAUAUAAUAACCAUAAUAUGACCGCACUCUACCUAGUUUAUAAUCCAAGGUGUCACCAACCUCUUGGUUUAUCAUCAGGAAAAAUCAAAGAUUUACAGAUUACUGCGUCAGGACAUUAUGGAUCUUGGGUGCCAUUCCUGGCCAGACUGGGAAACAGCGGGACUAUAAACGCAUGGAGUGUAGACAGUCAGAAUUCUUGGAUUCAGGUGGAUCUUCUGGCACCUAUGGUGAUUCACGCCAUACAAACUCAAGGCGCUCGACAGAAAUUCCUUACUCUGUACAUAUCCCAAUAUAUUAUCUUCUACAGCCUGAAUGGAGAAAAGUGGAGCCAGUACCAAGGGAACACCAGUAGUAAUCAGAUGGUAUUUUUUGGAAAUGUCGACGCCUCCAGUAUUCGAGAGAACUCUUUUAAUCCUCCUAUCAUCGCUCGUUUCAUAAGGAUCCACCCGGUGCACACCGGAAGUCGGGCGGGCCUGAGGAUGGAACUUUUUGGCUGUGACCUUACUAGUUGCUUCAUGUCUCUUGGUAUGCAGUCCGGAGCCAUCAUUCCAUACCAGCUGUCUGCCUCCAGUUCUCUUCACUCUGUCUUCUCUUCCUGGGUUCCAAAUUUGGCAAGGUUGAAGCAGCAAGGUCGAAUUAAUGCCUGGAGGCCACAGGCAGACAGACCCGGCGAAUGGUUCCAGAUAGAUCUUGGCCGUGAAAUGAAGGUGACCGGAAUAAUGAUACAAGGUGCCCGCUCGUUCUCCUCCAUGUACAUCACAGAGUUCUCUCUCAGCUUCAGUAAUGACGGCCUCAGAUGGACCGCUGUGCAAAGUUCCGAUGGACAGCGACAGAUAUUCCCUGGGAACAAGGACUCAGACACCCCAAUGUGGGUCACUAUGGAGGCUCCUGGUAUAGCACGAUUUCUUAAACUGCACCCCGAGAAAUGGAAGGGAGGUAUUGCGCUGAGGAUGGAAGUUUUGGGGUGCGGAGUAUAAUAUGUAUGCAAUAUAUUUAUAUAUAUUAUUUUAUACUUAUACUUAUACUUAUACUUAUCUAUUCAUACCCAUAAGCAUUCAGUUUUAUGUUAAUAAAAAAAAAAUUCUUAACC